GCUCACACUGCACUGUUUACAACUGGGACUUUCUUUCUGCUGGGUGUUUCAACUGUCUUCACGCUACUGGAGUGUUACGACCCGAUCCUGGCCUUCGCUAUUCACCCCUCAAAUCGCCGUCCUACCCACUGUGGCAUUGCUUUUUAAAUCGUCAUGGGUGGCGAAGGCGGGAUUCAUCGUUUUUCGAUCGCCGAUUAUGUUGUGUUUGCCUUGAUGUUAUGCAUUUCAACCUGUAUUGGUAUUUACCAUGCGUGUACUGGAGGUAAACAGAAGACCGCCGGCGAGUUUCUCCUCGCUGAUCGUAACAUGGGACCCAUACCCGUAGCUAUGUCCCUCUGCGCCUCGUUUAUGUCCGCGAUUACCGUCCUUGGAACACCAGCCGAACAUUACAUCAGCGGAACGAUGUUUUCGAUGUUUGCGGUGGCCUACUUUUUUAGCAUGGCGAUCUCUGCUGAAUUAUUCAUGCCUGUUUUCUACAACUUGCGUAUUACAAGUAUUUACGAGUACCUGGAAUUACGUUUCAAGAAUAAAAUUAUUCGAAUAUUGGGCUGCAUGACGUAUCUCUCUCAAAUGUUUAUUUAUAUGGGUAUAGCUAUAUAUGCUCCUUCUCUUGCUCUGAAUGUGG